CUUUCGCUCGCGUUCUGUCUCCAUGUCUCUCCCCCCUUCCCAAUCGUAUUAGACAGCGGUACUCUCUCUCGGAGCCCAUUCACCCUAGCAUUCGGUGCGUUACAGGCAUAUGAUGUUCUGCUGGGGAUGUUUCUGAUAUUUUGAGCAAAUGGCGGCAGAUCAGCGGAAGAAGCGUGUGAAUGCCUCCAGCAUUGUUGACUGCACUACUAAGGGGCAACAUAAAGCAAAAAAGAAGAAACUGGGGUUACCGCAACAUGAUAAGCGGAAGAAGCGUGUGAAUGCCUCCAGCAUUGUUGACUGCACUACUAAGGGGCAACAUAAAGCAAAAAAGAAGAAACUGAGGUUACCGCAACAUGGUUUAAACAUGAGACCUACUAUCUCUCUUGAGUGGGAUGACAAGAAAAAGAGUGUUGUUGCCAAGAGAGAGCAGAUUGGCAUUUCAUGGACAGCGUCUUCUCCAUUUAUUGAUGCUGUUCCUCUUUGCUCCAAUAUCUUGGCUGACAUUCUCACUGUUCCUCGGGAAAUUUUUGAAUUGGAGAACUUGACUGAGGUGCUCUCAUAUGAGGUUUGGCAGACUCGGUUGUCUGAAAGUGAGCAGAACCUUCUUACACAGUGUUUGCCUAAAGGAGCUGAACCACAAGAAGUUGUUCAAGAAUUACUCGCAGGGGAUAACUUUCACUUUGGAAAUCCUUUCCUCAGAUGGGGUUCCUUACUUUGUUCUGGUAAUCUUCAUCCUGAUCAUGUUAUACAUCGGGAAAAGAAUUACAAGGCUAAUAAAAAGGCAUACUGUUCAGAGUUACAAAAGUAUCAUAAUGAUAUGAUUGGAAAUUUACAGAUGUGGAAGGGAAGAUGGGAAAGCUGCAAGGAUCCGGAAAAUGAAAGUGUGCAAAAAAUAUGGAGGUCAAAAAAGCUUGCUGAGAAAAGUGUGCCUGCUCAUGCAAAUGGUUUUAGAUUAUGUGAUUCUGAUGAGAACCCUGUAGCCACGUCUGAAUCUUGUUCUUGGGCUGCUGAUGAGAAAGCAUGUAGCAGUGAUAAUCCAAACCUGAUGCAUGGCGAACCUCAAAGACUGAUAUGCAGAAAAGGCAACAUGGAGUGCAAAUACGAUUAUUCAUCAGAUGGGCUUAAGGUGGCAGCAAGGCAUAGGAAAGUAGAAAGGCUACACAAGUAUAAUAUCCAGUGUGGUGAUGGUGCCAAAUACAUGUCUUAUAUCAAGGUUAGCAGGGAGCAGCAUCAACGUGUUAAGAGCAGUAUGAAGCAUUCUAGUAAUAGCAUCCAGCAUAGGUCUCUUAAUAGUGUUCUAGGCAAUCUUGAUACCUUUCAUGUACAGCCAUUUGAAGUAUUUGAGGAAGAAGAACGACAGAAGUUGCAUGAGCAUUGGUUGCAAUUAGCAAUACGAGACCUCCCAGCUGCGGUUGCAAACUGGAGAAGAAGGCAAGAAGAGAAAUGGGAACUGACCAAGUCUCUUGAGCAAGAAUUGGAAGAAAAACUGAAGUCUCUGAAAGAGGAUGAGGAAGAGAACUAUCAUGACAUGCUAUUGGAGCAGAAAGAUGAUGGGGCAGCAGACCUCGAACCUACACUUACGUUGGAGGAUGAGGAUAAAGAGAAAUCUGAUAGCUUGCUUCGGGAGCACACAGACAAUGCAGUAGCAUUGGAGGACGAAGAAAAUGAGAACCCUGAUUGCAUCCUUCAGGAUCAGACGGAUAAUGAAGCUUCAAAUCUUGGAUAUACAAUGGUAGAUAAUAAUGAGUCUGUUUCUGCCUGCAUGCAAAAUCAGGGUCUGCAGCGGAUUUCUUCAUUCAGUGGCAGGCACGAGUUCCACUCCAUGGAUUUGGAUUCUGAUGACAACCAUUUAAGGGCGAAAAUAGGUGAUAUUCCUCCUAGUGUGUCGGGGUACCCUGAUAAUUUGAACCAUGUGGACAUCCCUGUUAGUCAGGGAAAUGUUCUCUCUUCUUCUAGUGAUGCUUGGCCAGCAGUUAGCAUGUCAGGUUCUUAUUAUCGUUCUACUGUAAGCCAUGAAUAUCCCUCUGCCAGUGACUUGUCCCUUCCACGGGAUAUUGACCAGCAACCAGUUGGAUUGAUUGAUUUGGAAUCUGAAAUGAGGGAAGAAGACUCUGGGAAAAAUCUUCUACAUAGACAAUCCAAUGAUGUGUCCUUCUUGAGUCCUUACCCUCAACAGGACCGAAAUGAGCUACUCCAAUCUUUCUUCAAUGGCCAAGGAAGUUUAUCUUUCCAUCAUCAACAGAAACAAACAGGGUUAAAUUUGCAGCCUGCAGGCGAUGUAAUGAUGGGAACUAGUCAGUUUCCUGGGCAUUUUGGGGAGCAGCUGCCCCUGUCGCUGCCUGUGGCGCUGGAGCAGAAGAGAUUGAAUGAUAUUUACUUUCAUCAGAACACUCGGGAGAAUAUUUUUCCUGAUGGAGGUCGAUACUCUAUCCCAAGACAGGAACACUUCUCGCCAGUGAAUAUUCCGAAUUGGGCAGUUAAUAACGCCCGGAUGUCAGCACCUCCCCAACCUCAAUUGAAUGGUGAAGAGUUGCUAAGUCAGAAUUGGUUUUCUGGUGAGCAUCGAGGCCGUUGUGGCUGGUCUGGUUCGGAGGAUGGUGUUGGUCCUAAUAACAUUGGAAAUAGAAACAAUGCUGAUGAGACCCUAUUUGGUGUUGUAUCUGAAUGUAAUGAGUUACGGUACGGUGCCCCUUACAAUUCGAUGAUGGGUCCUCCUACUGAACAAUUCAUUCAGUCUCGGAACUAUGGCGUAGUGGGUGUUCCCAGAAACAACCAUAUGUUACCACAGAUGGGAAAUCCAGUAGUAAAUUACUCGAGUGGGCAUGAAACUGCGGGGGGCCUGAAGAAUAACAAUAUGGGAUGGAUGAGCUUGCCGCAUCCAGGUUCUGCUUUACAGGACUCAAUCCGUAAGCCAUUCAUGAGGUCCUGGGAUCGUUAAGGAUGUUUUUCCCCUUGUUUGGAAAAGGUGGGUUGCUAGUCUUGUGGGUCGGGACAGGACAGGACAGGACAGGAUGAGAAAGAUGUAGAAAACGAAUCCAUCAUGUAACAAGAGCUUGCGGCAAUUAUUUUUGGGAUGAGAAGAUAAGCACAGGGUUUGUGAGCAUACAAGCCCACGAGAUGGGACUUUGUAAAUGCAAAUACAAAGUCCAAUCCCAUGUAUAUAUCUAGAUUUUAGAUUAAGAGGUGGGAUAGUUAUUGGAACGAUAGAAGAAAUCUGGAUCUCUUAUUUUGAUAGGUGAGCCAUGAAUCAUAUGUUAAUUGGCUUGGGAUUUUUUUUUUCUUUCUUUCUCCAUAAUUGAUUGCAAAUGUUUUUUUGACAAUCGACAUAAUAAAGCUCCC